AUGAUAGAAGCGUUCUAUGAAAAUCCAACGUUGUGUGUUAGGGUUGGAGGGGAAAUCUCUAGAGACGUACCCUACAACCGAGGAGUAAGACAAGGGUGCCCAAGUUCACCAAUUCUGUUUGACCUGUUUAUCAAUGAUAUACUCAAUGAGGUCAAAGGAAUUAAGGUACCAGGGGUCCAAGAACCUCUGAAAGGGUUGCUCUUUGCCGAUGAUGCUGUUGUCCUCGCCGAAAGUCAACAGGAGCUGAAAGCUGCUGUAACUUCUAUAGAGUCCUGGUCAAGUAAAUGGGAAAUGUCUAUUAAUGUCGCCAAAUGCGGUAUAAUGGAAUUUCCAGGUGUUGGAGUUUCUACAUGUAGAAAUGCACCCAUACCAGAGGUAGAUAUUAAGAUAGGUAAUGAGCCUAUCCCAAAUGUCAAAUCCUAUAUUUACCUGGGCAUUAAGCUAGAACCGACAUUAGAUACAGCCAAGAUGGUUUCGCACAAUGUUGCAAGAGGCAUAGGAAUAUCCCAAGGCAUAUCUAACUUUCUUAACAGAAUAGAUGUGCCGGUAGCACUUAAAACUACCUUAAUACGGAAAGACUUAUUCCAGCCCUUACUUAUGGCGGUGAACUAUGGGGAAUGA